AUGAGGUCCACUGCUGUAUUUGCCCUGCUGCUGGGCAUAUUUGCAGCCUUUGCUGCUGCCUGGUCGAAAGAGGACCACGAAAUUUUCCGUCUGCGCGACGAAGUCAUCAAGUCUGAGGGUGCCAAUGUCACCUUCUAUGACAUGCUCGGUGUCAAGCCCGGUGUCAACCAAGACGAAUUGACCAAGGCCUACCGCACGAAAGGCCGCGAACUCCACCCCGACAAGGCACGCAAGAUUUUCAUCUCCAACUACGCGAAGCAGGCUGCCAAGGAGGGCAAGACACCCGGCGUCAAGUCCAGCAAGGGCCCCUCGAAGAAGGAAAUCGAUGCGCAUAUGAAGAGAGUCACUGCAAGGUACCAGAAGCUGUCUGUUGUUGCAAACAUCCUCAAGGGCCCCGAGCGUGAGCGUUACGACCACUUCUUGAGGAAUGGCUUCCCUGCUUGGAAGGGCUCUGGUUACUACUACGAUCGCUUCCGUCCUGGCCUUGGCUCUGUUCUUCUCGGUGUCUUGAUCGUCAUCGGUGGUGGUGUGCAUUACUUUGCUCUGUACAUGAGCUGGAAGCAGCGCAAGGCCUUCGUUGAGCGCUACAUCCGCCACGCACGCAAGACUGCUUGGGGCGAUGAGUCUCCCAUCCAGGGCAUUCCUGGUGUUGAUGGUGCUGCCGCAAACGUUCCUGUCAACGCGCAACAAUUUGACAAUGGUGAAGACGAAGAGGAAGAGAAGGAGCCUGAAUUCAUUCCAAGGAACCGCAAGGAGGCGCGUGCAUGGGAGAAGGACCAGCGCAAGAACAGCAAGAAGCCCGCAGCUGUCAAGAAAGCACGCACUGCCGGCAUUAGCACGCCGAAGGAGGCAGAGCUCAUCUCGGGUCCUCAGGGCGCUAAGAGACGCAUUGUGGGACAGAACGGCAAGGUCCUGAUCGUGGACUCUGUCGGCAACGUCUUCCUCGAAGAGGAGACAGAGGAUGGCAUGAAGGGCGAAUUCCUCCUCGACCCUAACGAGGAGCCUGCGCCUACUAUCUUCGAUACAGUUCUAUUCAAGCUCCCCAGGUUUGCCUACAACCAGUCCGUUGGCCGUUUCCUCGGCAAGAAGGAGCUCAUUGACGAGCCUCUCAUGGAGACCUCCAACUUGCCUGAAGAAGAGGCUGCCCUCCAGUCUGCGACCGCGCAGAACAUCAACGGCGAGACAAGAAAGCGCAAGACCAAGGCCCAGAGCCGUGCCAGGUAG